CCCCCCCCCCCCCGCGAACAUUCUUGCAAGCGCCGGCUGAACGAGACUCAGAACGUCGCAAACAGAUCUUUCCAGUUCUACGCGCAUAGUGUCAAUUCCCUACGCUACCAUCUCGCUGAACGCAGUCGUCUGCUCCGGUUACCCUCCUCUAUGUCCGCGUGUCGCUAAGUCCCCGUCGCGAUCAUGGAGUCAAAGGCUGCGGAACUAUUAGCUGCGCUGAAGAACGUCAACCUGUCCAUUGACGCUAAGGCUGUGCAUCUGACAAGCGUCAAAUCCGAUAUCAAACAAAAGAAUGUCCCCGAAUAUGCUGUUACACCCGUCUUCGAAGCGCUACGUCUGGCCCUCACCUCUCAGCAGUCGUCGCUGCUUGGUGGCGGGUUCUCUACCCUGAGUCAUUUUUUGAAACGGUUGUUCAUUCAGGAUCAACAUCAUCUGAUCUCGGGCCAGGGUCGGAUGCUCUAUCCUAUCCUGUUGGAACGACUGGGAGACCGCAAAGAACGUACUCGCGCCCAAGCGGCACAAGCUUUCACCGAUAUGUGGCCGGCUGCGAACGCUGAUGUCGAACACUAUGUGCUGGAAAUUGCGCUGGUUGGCAAAAAUGCUAGAGCCAGGGAGAUGAGUAUGAUUUGGCUGGCGAAUAUGACAAAAUCUCAUGGACUUCUGUUCCGUGCAUACGUCCCUAGUCUGGUUGGCUGUCUAGAAGACGCCGACAGUGCGGUCCGCGACACGGCAAAGAUGACCGUGGUCGAAUUGUUCCAGAAUGCCCCCGCGCGUGCCAAGUCAGAUUUAACCAAGCAGAUAACCGCUCACAAUGUUCGAAAAUCCAUCGCAAACUCGAUCCUCACGAGUAUCGGACUAAGCUCCACGGAUGGAGACCAUUCGGCACCUUCGCGUCCUGCAUCUCGGGCUGAGGCUUUGCAUCAACGUCCAGUUUCGGUCAUGUCUUCACGUUCGCACUAUCGUGUUGAUUCACCAGAGCCCGAACCUGUUAGACCGCAACGCCCCAUGUCCAGAAUGGACCGCGAGCGAAGUGCUCCCCCGCCGCACCACGCCGCAGCUGACGAACAUCCUGACGAGGCGCAUGGUUCCCAAAAUGACUCCGACGACAUUGAGCCUCUCAUCGUGGCGUCAUCCCGCGACCUCGACGACAUGGUGCGCGACAUGCUUCCUUGGUUCGAAGGUCGAGAGACCGAACAGAACUGGGUUUCGCGUGAACGCAAUGUCAUUACCCUUCGACGUCUUACCCGCGGCAACGCACCGCACUCGUUCCCCACCCAGUUCCUCACCGCCAUGAAGACACUGUUGGAUGGUAUUUUCAAGGUGGUUAACUCUCUGCGGACGACACUGUGUACCGCGGGUUGUCUUAUGAUGCAGGACCUGGCCAAGACCUGCGGUCCUCGCAUCGAUUCAAUGGUUGAGAUUAUUAUGCAGAACCUCAUCAAGCUCUGCUCUGGAAUGAAGAAGAUCAGUGCGCAAAGCGGCAACACCACGGUCGAUGUCGUUAUUGGCAAUGUGACCUUCACGUCACGUAUUAUGCAGCACAUUACGAGUGCUGCCCAGGACAGAAAUGCUCAACUGCGUCUGUAUGCAGCGGGCUGGAUCAAAACCAUCAUUCAGAGGCAAGCGCGUCAUAAGAGCAGCAUGGAGCACGCCGGCGGCCUUGAUAACCUUGACAAGAGUAUCAGGAAGUGCCUCUCAGACGCCAAUCCGGCUGUUCGGGAGACGAUGCGUGUCACAUUUUGGACGUUUAACAGUGUUUGGCCAAGGAAAGGCGAUGAGAUCAUCUCUACUCUCGAUAGCAAGUCAAGGUCCCUGUUGGAGAAGGAGAAUCCAAACGCGGAUCAAUCCUCGUUGAAGACUCCUUCGACAUCUCAAAAAGGCCUUUCCAGCAGCACAUCGUCUGCCAUGUCUAGCCGCUCUGCUCUAAAGGAGGCUAUUGCUGCGCAGAAAAGAGCACGUCUGACACCUGGACGCUCCUUGCCCCCAAGGCCGGAAUCAGCGCAGUCAACCUUUUCGGAUGCCAGAACGACGGACCCGCCGUCCAAAUCUUCUACAUCUACUUCUGCUGUCCGGACUGUCCCUACUGGAUCCUCCGUCUCUUCCCUAUCAUCCGCACCCAUGCGUCCGGGUUCGAGGCCUCGAAGACCAGAAAUAACUCGUCCAGCGACGGCAGACCCGUACGCUCGUCGGACUGGCGAAGACUCGCGGUCUACCAAAGCAAGUUCUGCUCCUAAGGUAGAUAGCUCACCGCGGGCCGUUAAGGGUAGAUCAGCGGCUACACCGUCGUCAAAGACCCCUCGCCGGGACCCUGCGCAUCUGGGCCCUACGAUGAGCAAGCCCAAGAAGUUGGAUAUUUCCAAGUCCCGUCUGCAUGAUCAGAGUGCGAACCAUUCGCGCAGCGGCUCGCAUGAUAGUAUGGCACAUCAUGGCCGCGAGUCACCGGCUUCGAUUCAAUUGGAAAGCCCUCCUGGGUCGACGAUUCAGCGUCCUGUUCCAGCUGUGGAAGAGCCUGUCCCCAGUCUACCUACACUGCCCCCGCCGCGGAUGCAAUCUGUAGAACGUAGCACCCCGGAGCCUUCACGGGAGCCCACCGCAGAUCUGGCCGAUGACCAUGUGCCAUCUCCGGAUGUUAUUCCGAACAGCGUCCGAAAACAACCCGCUCCAGUGCAAAUCUACGAAGACCCUGUUCCUGCCCCUGCGGAGACCCCUGCGGAGACCCCAGUGGAAACAGAGAACCAUGCGGAAGCCGUUCCUAAUGAAUACUAUAUCUCCGCUGAUACAUUGGCUCGUGAUGAAGAGCACAAGGAUGGUGAUGAUGUCGGGGUCAUGCCUGAUGCACCGGUUGUGACUGAGCCGGCAAGCCCUCACGAACCUGAGCCUGAACCCGCUCAGAUUGACGUGGAACAACCAGCCCCAAGCAGCGCAUCCCCGGAGAUUGUUGCGCAUGACAUCCCGGCUGUUACGCCCGAGCCGGAGCCCGUUUCACAGGAGCACGAGUCUCCGGUGGCUGCGGCUCCAGAAACCGACAUUGAACAGCACGACUUGGCUCCUCAUGAGGAAGACCCGGAUAGUCCUUCGUCGGUGAUUCACCACCCCGUUACGGUUACAGAUGUGGAUUAUCACGAACCACCUACGCCAUCGCCUCGUGCGAGAACCAACGAGAACGCUACGCCGUUUGCCAACAAGAGUAUCAACAUCUCUCCUGAGAUCCGCUCCGCACCGAGACACAAUGUGUUGGGAGAGAUACCGAACAAUGAACCAGCGCGUGACAACAGGACCCCUCGACCUAUCGCGGGGAAGCUUCGGUCGCCGGAAACCAUGCCGACGGCAACACCGGACGUGUCGCGCCGUUGGAAGAAGCUGGAGUCGACCAAGGAUCGGAAGCGUAGCAUCAGUCCUCGAUCGAAGGACCCAGCCAAGGCACGGGAGAUGCUCGACAAGGGAAUGCAGCGGAUCCGGACAAAGACGAUGGAUAUCCUGGGCUACCGCAAGCUACAAGGACUGAUUGAGUACCACGAUGCGAUCUUUGACGACGAAGCGAAAUACGACGAGAUGUUGGUGGCCUUGUUGAACGAGUUGGAGAGCGCGCCCGAGGAGAGACGAGCAAGUCGGUCGCAGGACGUGAAGACACAGGUUCUGGUGACGAUUCGGUUCCUGUUACGUCAGAACGAAGAGUACUUUGCAGCAUACUACCCGAAAGCCAUGACGGCGCUGGUCAGUGCCCGCAAGCGCUACGCCUCGAGCUGCCACAUCGUCAGUGGCCUGGAGGAAACGGCAGAGGAGAUCAUCGCCGGCUGUCCAGCGGCCGAGGUCAUCGAAGCCGUUCUCGACCAGAUCGAGCACGAAACGCAAGACGAGGAAGGCUACCGCGCAGUGACAAUGGGCACGAGCGUGGUGAGUCGUCUGGUGAAGCAGAUCAACGGUGGACCAAGCAAGGGGAAAAUGGAAAGCGGACUGGUGGAACGGAUUGGAGGGUUCUGUGGACGUCACCUGACGGACCGGCAGCCGGAUGUCCGACGGCAGGUUACGGAUCUGAGUGUGGCGCUGUAUCGGGGGAUGGAGGACGAGAGCCGGUAUUGGGAGGUGAUGGGGUCGCCAAGAGAGAAUUCGCGGAACUUGUUGAUUUAUUACAUUCACAAGUAGUGUCUUUUCUGUGUUUCUGUGUUGUGUGCUGUGUAUUCUUCGUAUCUGUUUUAUUACUCUUACUCUUUAUUUAGUCUGUUGGGAUUGGAAUCGGGGAUUGGAGGCGUUGUACAUACGUUAGGUUAGAAUAAUACCAGGUUGGACAGCGACAUAUGCAGGGAUCCAUUCUAGAAGCG